CAUGGAAGAUGAAGAUGUAUCACAGGAUGCUACAUCUCCCUUUACUUCAACUGCUACUUACACACACACAUAUUUAUAACACCACAACCCACUUAGUGUGUGCUUAAGAGAGACAUGAACAGAUCCAAAGGAAAAGAGAGAUGGAUUCAUUGUUACAAGAGUUCUCAAAAGAUCUUACUUGUGGGCGAAGGCGAUUUCUCCUUUUCAGCUUGUUUAGCUAGAGCCUUCCGCACAGCUGAAAACAUCGUGGCUACUUCAUACCUCGAUAAAAAUUCGCUACAUUAUUACCAUUGGACAAGCAUACCACACCUUGAAGAGUUGGAGAGCUUAGGCUGCUUGCUGUUGUAUAAGGUUGAUGUCUACAAGAUGCACACUCAUCCCAAACUCAAGAACAUCAAGUUUGACAUCAUUGUCUUUAACUUCCCACAUGCCGGUCAUUAUGAUUAUUUAUGCGAACGUGAUCAGGAGUUAAUCGAGUAAGAUAUGUACACUCCAUCAUAACGGCUUUUAUUUAUUCUUUUGAGUGAUGUUUGAACUUAUUCUUCUGUUUAUAAGUGUAUAUUUAGAAGCAGUUUGGUACUUUAUGAAACCCGGCCUCCACAAUACUAAGCGAUUAAUAAUAGUAUGUGUUUACAACACUGUUAUUUAGACCAAUGUAUGUUUGACAGGAUGCAUAAGAACUUGGUAGAAGCUUACUUUAAGAGUGCCAGCAAGAUGUUGACUGAAGGGGGUGAGGUGCAUUUGAGGCACCGAGAAGACCCUCCAUACGACAGUUGGAACGUCGUUUCGCUGGCUGGUAAAGCUGGUCUUAAUUUGAAGGAGAAGGUGGUUUUUAAUAAAAGUGAUUAUUCGGGUUAUCACAAUAAAAGGGGAGGGGGUAUUAACACCAACAAGACUUUUCCUAUCGUAUGUGCAUAUACUUAUAAGUUUGCACCUUAUGUACCAGAGAUUGUUGAUCGCCAUUGUUAUGAUUGUUCUAAUAAAGUCCAUGAUGAAAAAGUUCAAGUAGUAUGUGGGAAUGAUAUUGUUUAUGAUCAUGUUAAUAUAUCAAAGAUAAUGGAGGAAGAUAAUGUUACUACUAACAAAUUGCAAAAAGAUGAAGCGGUUGAUCUUCUUGAGACAGAUGAAGCCAAUGAAUAUGAUGAUCUUUUUGUUCACAUGAAUAACACAAUUCAAAAGUUUGAUAAGAUGCAUUUGAAGAAUGAUGACGACGAUCAUGAUAUUCCAGAAAAAGGUGAACUUUAUGUCCUAGAGAUGAAACAAGAUCUUCAUCCGCAGCAUAGAGAAACAGAUGAAGUUCACGAUGAUGAUCCAAAAUUACCGAAGAAAGAUGAUGAAGUUCAUGUGGACAGUAAACCGGAGCUGGGUGGGUCAGCCAGACUCAAAACAGAACAUGUGGCGCGGUCGGGCAACAUUUGCAACUUCUGCUUGCCAGCAGAGUGGUUGUUGACCUGGUUUGAGUCAUGAAGGAGUGUAUUGUAAUUUCUCUUCAAGGAUUUGCGGUUUUUUUUGGCUGAUGCAAUUUUACCACUGCUGCGUUUUUCUUGCUGAACAAAACAGUUGCUGCUGCUGCUACUUGAUGUCAAGAACAUACACCGGUCGAUCCAUUUAAACAAGUGGUCGAACCCAACAUAGAUAAAAUAAAAGUUUUCUUCCAUUUUUCACCUACACACUGCCUUUUGAGUCAUGACUAGAAAUAUAAAUUUGUUUUUCCCCCUUAAGAGAUAGUUUCAUAAAUCAAAAGACAGGUAGCAGUUUGUCUAUUUUUUUUAUGCAUGUCGUAUGAACUUCGCUAACGAUUGAGUCAAUCACCGUGGAUAUCCGAGUAACAAUGAUG